AUGCGAGGCAGCCACCUUCUCCCCCAGCGAUUCCGCUCGCUCGGGAACAGCGACAGCUGGCUCAACCGAAACGUAACCUCGACGUUGGAAACUGUGUCGCGUGUUGCCUGCCAGCAUCCCAUUCAUUCCAUUGUUGCCAUUGCUCUGAUUGCCAGCACCUCGUACGUGGGUCUGUUGCAAGAGUCGCUCUUCGAUACUGGCCUACCUUCGCUCUCCAAAAAUGGCAAAGUCGAUGUCGAUGCGCUGCUUAAGGGCAGCAGAUCUCUGGAACUCUCUCAGAAUACCGACUGGAAGUGGAUGCUACUCGAUGACCAGCAUAUUCCCCAGACAUCAGAGAAUAUCGACCACUUCGCUCUGACUACGCUCAUCUUCCCCGACUCGUCCUCCUCCCAGCUUGCUCCUCAUGCAAGCUCGGUCGACAUCCCAGACAAUGUUACCGCGUCGAACGUCCCGAGCACGUCGAACGUACUGUCUCCAUUUUCUCAAGAUAGCGCUUUGGCUUUCUACACCCCUUACUCGGAUGUUGCAGACUUCCUGCGCUCGGUACAAGAGCUCCCAGCCACCAGCGGAGCUGAUCCGCUUGCUGCCGACAAGAAAUGGACCAUGAAGGCUUCCCGUAUCAAUGGCAAUGGCCAUGCAUCGUACCGACUGUGGCUACAGGAAGGCUGGACAUCGUUCGUGGACCUGAUCAAGCAUGCCGAAACACUUGACAUCGUCAUCAUGGCUCUUGGCUACCUUUCCAUGCACUUAACCUUCAUCUCGCUAUUCCUGUCCAUGAAGCGCCUGGGCUCGAACGCCUGGCUGGCCGUGUCGGUCCUGUUCUCGAGUCUGUUCGCCUUUCUCUUUGGGCUGGCUACAACCACGAAGCUUGGUGUCCCAAUUAACAUGGUACUUCUGUCCGAAGGCCUUCCAUUCUUGGUGGUUACCGUUGGCUUCGAAAAGUCCAUUAUACUCACCAAGGCGGUCUUAUCGGCGUCUUAUGAUUCGAAGAGAAAGACUUCUGAUAAGACUGGGCCGAACGGCCAUGCUGUGGGACCGGGGGCAUCGUUCAGCGCGCCGCCAUCUAUUCAAGACGCCAUUCAAUUGGCUGUCAAGGAGACUGGGUUCGAAAUCGUCCGUGACUAUGUCAUCGAGAUUGCUGUGCUUGUGGCAGGUGCUGCAACAGGUGUUCAGGGAGGACUCCGACAGUUCUGUUUUCUGGCCGCAUGGAUCUUGUUUUUCGACUGCGUUCUACUUUUCACAUUCUAUACCACCAUCCUUUGCAUUAAACUGGAAAUCAACCGCAUCAAGCGGCAUGUCGCGCUUCGGAAGGCUCUCGAGGAAGAUGGCAUAAACCACCGGGUUGCGGAAAAUGUGGCCAAUAGCAAUGACUGGCCCGGCGGUCAGAGCGACAAAGCUUCCGUUUUCAACCUCUUUGGCCAGAAAGUCAAGGCGAAUAGCGUACCAAAGUUCAAGAUCUGGAUGGUCACCGGAUUUGUCAUGAUCAAUAUCGUCAAUUUAUGCACCAUCCCCUUCAGAGCGACCACGAGCAUGAAGACGCCCGCCGCCACUAUUUCGAGCGUCUUGACUCCGGCACCUAUCGAUCCUUUCAAGGUGGCUGAGAACGGUCUCGACAGCAUCUAUGUGGUCGCGAAGAGUAAACGGGUCGAAACCUAUGUCACUGUGCUAGCGCCCAUCAAAUAUGAUCUAGAAAGUCCACCCCAGACCGACGACUUUGGCUUUUUCGAUCACGAAUACACCGAUCAAUUUUUCAAUGUUGUAGGUGGACGAGUCAUCGAAAGCUUACUCAAGAGCCUGGAAGAUCCGGCCCUCAGCAAAUGGGUCCUGAUCGCGCUGACCUUGAGCGUCAUCCUGAAUGGCUAUCUUUUCAACGCCGCGAGAUGGAGCUUGAAGGAACCACAUACUCCAAUGACGUCGCCUGUUGUUCCUCAAAUUGCGCCUCCAGCAUCGCCUGUGAUCAAGCGCAGCGAACCUGUCAAUACCGAAGCGCCAUCCACCCGGAGUAGGGAGGAGUGCGAGCAGAUGGUGAAAGAGAAGAAGGCUGCCCAUCUCAACGAUGAGGAAUUGAUCGAACUCUCACUCCGUGGGAAAAUUCCUGGAUACGCCAUCGAGAAGACGCUUGAGGACCCCAGCUUGAUGACCAGGCUGGAAUCAUUUGUUCGUGCUGUGAAAGUCCGCAGAGCGGUCGUCUCCCGCACUCCAGCAACCAGAGAAUCAACAGCCCUGCUCGAGUCGUCGAAGACUCCGUAUAAGCACUUCAACUACGAACUUGUUCACGGUGCAUGCUGCGAGAACGUCAUCGGGUAUCUACCACUGCCUCUUGGGGUUGCUGGACCGCUCUUGAUCGACGGCCAGAAUUAUUUCAUUCCCAUGGCGACGACGGAAGGCGUCUUGGUGGCAAGUACCAGCCGGGGGUGCAAAGCCAUCAACGCUGGCGGCGGUGCGGUGACUGUCGUAACGGGAGAUGGCAUGACCCGCGGUCCCUGUGUCAGCUUCCCAACUCUUGCCAGGGCUGGACAAGCUAAAGUUUGGCUUGACUCUGAACAAGGUAAAAAGGUUAUGACGGACGCUUUUAACUCGACCAGCCGAUUUGCUCGUUUGCAGACGCUGAAGACGGCACUAGCUGGAACCUAUCUGUAUAUCCGCUUCAAAACGACAACAGGCGAUGCCAUGGGUAUGAACAUGAUUUCCAAAGGCUGCGAGAAGGCCCUCGAGACCAUGUCUACCACCGGAGGUUUUGAUGACAUGCACAUCAUUUCACUGUCCGGCAACUUCUGUACGGACAAGAAACCUGCAGCGGUCAAUUGGAUUGACGGCCGUGGCAAGGCGGUGGUCGCCGAAGCUAUCAUUCCUGGCGAUGUGGUCAAAAAUGUUCUCAAGAGUGAUGUUGAUGCAAUGGUUGAGCUCAAUACCGCCAAGAAUCUCAUCGGAAGUGCUAUGGCUGGCAGCAUUGGUGGCUUCAAUGCGCACGCUUCGAACAUCGUUACGGCCAUCUUCCUGGCUACCGGUCAGGAUCCAGCGCAGAACGUGGAGAGCAGCAACUGUAUUACCAUCAUGAAAAACAAUAAUGGCAAUCUCCAAAUCAGCGUCUCCAUGCCGUCGAUUGAGGUGGGCACCAUCGGUGGCGGCACUAUCCUCGAGGCGCAGUCGGCCAUGCUUGAAAUGUUGGGUGUUAAGGGUGCACACCCGACCAACCCCGGUGACAACUCCAGAAGACUAGCGCAGAUUGUGGCAGCAGGUGUGCUUGCCGGCGAGUUAAGUCUAUGCGGUGCUCUUGCUGCCGGUCACCUUGUGAGAGCUCACAUGGCACACAACCGCAGUGCCGCUCCCACGAGGACGGGCACUCCAGUCAGUUCGGCAGUGGAGCCUUUUGUUCGAGCCCAGAAUGGGCCAAAAGUACCUGCGUCUUUGAAGAUGACCAACGGAAGUAAAUAA